ACUCUCUCAGACGAGAUCAGCUGAUCGAAUGCUCCACCUUGCGGAUCGCUGCGAUCCUUGCGCUCGGUACUGAACUGAAAGCACUGAAAGUUGCGUUGUGAUCUUGUGGUUGCUGUCGGAUCAACACAUCGCCGGUACGAAUCGCUCAUUUCACCUUGUGUUUACUUCGUGCAUGCACCCGGCUAGACCACGGGUCACUGUCUCGGCAAGAAAACUAUGCAGCGAUUAGGCAAUCGCGUGUGACUCCAUGCGAGCAGCCAACGUCCAUCAUGUGAAACGAAGUUACGUCGUCUUGCGCUGCUGCUUCCUCAUCAGAAGCACAAUUCUGCAAGCAUUCUCAAGAUGCGGGUACGCUAAACGCGGCCAGAUCUGACGUCGGGAAUCAUGGAAGAUUACAAGUUUCUAUUUAAGGUCGUGCUAAUAGGUAACGCUGGUGUCGGGAAGACAUGCCUUGUCCGGAGAUUCACGCAGGGUCUAUUUCCUCCGGGUCAGGGGGCCACCAUUGGUGUCGACUUUCUCAUCAAAACUGUCGAAGUGGACGGCGAGAAAGUGAAAUUGCAGAUAUGGGACACAGCAGGACAGGAAAGGUUUCGUUCAAUCACCCAAAGCUACUACCGUAGUGCACAUGCUCUCAUUCUCGUCUAUGACAUCAGCUGCCAGCCAACAUUUGACUGCUUACCCGACUGGUUAAGGGAAAUCGAACAGUAUGCCAGCCCAAAAGUCCUACGGGCAUUAGUAGGGAACAAGAUUGACCGUGAAGACCGGGAGAUCCCAACGCACAUUGGUGAGGAGUUUGCUCGCCGGAGUGACAUGUACUUUGUGGAGACAUCGGCCAAGGAGGCUGACAACGUGGACAAGCUGUUCACCGAAAUUGCCGUGCGCCUGACGGCUGAGGCGCGUGCUACUCAUGCUCGAUACUCUGGCCGGCCAUCGUCCACAGCAGAUUCCUUGCCAGAUUUGAAGGAAGCUGCAGGAGACAAAGGGGACCACACUUGCUGCCGCAUGUUAUGAGCAUCCCAUGUUACACGCACAUGCCGUACUGGAACCGCCCUGGUGUUGGGGAACUUAGUUCCACUCACUUGACAGCAGUGGGGGCACCUUUGCCUGAAGGAGGCUCUCAAAUGACUGUGGUAUGGAUGAGUAUAGUGUAGUCACAUUCCGGUAUCAAGCUGUGGGUCAUUUUAACUCAGCUUGGAUGCAUCACGCCUAAGAGAGCCAUUGAAAAGACCUAAAUGGGAGACUAGAAACUGUUCAGUGGCAUAAGAAACCUUGCAUUUCUAUUUUCGUAGCACGUUAGGGUCAGCACUUCUCGACUCAACCGUGCAAUUCCGACAGUUUAGCACCAUUAAAAAUGACUGCUUCCUUCUGGAUAUGGGAGAGUACUUACUAAUAUUGAAGCUCAUCUUGAUGAAAAGGAGCUGCUGUAGCACGUUUCACAGUGUUCAUGACACUGAAAUCUGCCUUGCCGUCAUUGGAAAGCCUCCUUCAGCAUGCGUUGCCAGUAGUCUCUACCGAGGUUGGGAUUAUGCUGCCACUCCUUUCCCAUUUUGCUAGUGCUGCCGCCCGUCUGUUCUUGCUCUUUUGUGUGCACUCAUUGGUGAUCUUGAAAGUGUGCGAGUACUGUCGUAGGGCGUUUUAAAGUCGACAAAGGAUUGUUGGCGACCUGCUUCCAUUUGUACCCUUUGCUGUAAGCUUUCAUGAUGCCAACACUUUACCUUUGACCUGCAAGGAGCCUCUAUUUCCGUCUGUGAACAGAAGGUGUACAUUCUGUCACAUCAUCAUGGUGCAGUCGAAUCCCUGAUUGUUUUCUGUUUUUAGUGCCAGUACAGUUUUUUUUUUUCUUUUUUCCAGCCUGAUUAUCAUGAAAGCUACUUUGCAAUGAGGCAUUUCAGCAAGCGUACUGCUUAAUUGAGUGAUGCUUUACUCUUUUUCAUUAUCAGUGGUAGUAGAGCUAACUGAACUGCUUUAAGAACUUUCUUAUUUCUCUUGCUAACAUUUGACGUUAUCAGACUGCCCUUGAAGACUUUUACUUGCCACAUUUGUUCUUGUUGCUCUAAAUAUUUGUAGUUUCACUUGCUACACCAAAGGCACUGGCGUAGGACACUGGCUUUUUUGUUGUGUUGGUUUGUGUUGAAUGAAGGAACUCAAAGAUAAAUAUGAAAGUUGGAGGCAGUUUCCUUAACAUGAUGGCUGAAAAGGUGGACUGAAAGAAAAAAAAGUUGAGAGAAAGACAAGGAAUGAAGGACAGUGUUGUGUCUAUUAAUCAUUUACCACAUUUUUUUCUUCUUUUUUUUCGUUGUUUCAGUUGUCAUUCAAAGAUCAAAUCAGCAGUCCUUGUUGAUUGACCAGUUGUGCAUUAUGUCUUGGUUGUGUGUGCAUCUCAGGCCCGAAUGCAUCAAAAUUUUGUGUUGGCUGGUAGAAUCAACAGCCCCAUCAUGCCAGGAAGAACUCAUGAGAGGAUCUGAUUACUAUAAUUUGCCCAUUUAUUUAGCAGCUGUAUGCUUCAUUAUUGCAUUGAAAGGGCUUUAUAUCAAAGGUUGUGUUUUCUCAUUUGUUUGUUUUGGGGGUCUGGUUUUUAUUUUGCAGUUUUUAAAGAUUUGUGGCUGCUGUGAAAAGCCCCAAAUUUUGUCUAUGAACUGGAGUGCUUUUGAGCUCUGAUCAGCACGCACACACACAUACACUACACACACACAUGCACGCGCACACACAUACUUUAUGAUUUAUUGUUUGGUUUCUUGGCUGCUGGGGUAAUCGCUGGCUUUACCUGUCAGAUAGAACUUCUCAUUUUAUCAUUCUUAGGUUGUUGCAUUGAGAAUAUGGCAUAGAUGCAAAGUGUGCACGAAUGCGUUCUCUUAACAUCUCCGCUGUUGAUUUUCAUACCUGUGAGGUUUUGUGCUUUUCCAUGACAAAUGUUCUUGAGGAACAUGUGAAGGUUGGUAGAGACUCUCAAAAAAGGCAUUUCAAGAUUCUCGAGAAAUGAGAACUCUGCCAAACACUCCUGAGCCAAGGUAUAGCAUUGAGGGAUUGUGCAGGGUUUUUUCUUUAGUGACUCCUAAUGAACAGGGCUGUAGAAACAGAACGUCCAGACUGGUCCAGAUCUUUACCGAGUGAAAGACGGAAGGAAGAGUGUGAGAGAGUGUGAAAGAAAUGUGCCUGUAUAAUGUUCCGAAGAACAUCACUUUUAGGUGACUCAAGGAUAGCACCGUUCUUCUUGUAGUCAUUUAAGCAGUACAUCAAAGCUGUGCUUUUUCCCUUACAUUACUUAUGCAGAUGAAAUAACAUCACAGCUUGGUAAUGUUAUGAAACAGCAAGUACUAUUGCACUAUUACUUCCUAAUUUGCCUAUAUCUCGGUUUAAUCUCCUGGGACCACUUGUACAUUAAAUUGCACAUUGCCUGUAAUCCUUUUAAGUAUGAACUUGGAAAAAAAUAUGUUAAACGUUUAUCCUGCUUGUAAAUUUUGGUGUAUUUGUUUAGUGUACAGAAUUAGUUUAAUCACAUUGUUGCCAUCAGCUUUUGAGAAAAUUGACACUACUUUGAUCUAAACUACUGUGUCAUCGCAGAUGACUGAGCGAAAGCAUGAAGUGUGCUUUAAGUACCACCAAAGGACAUGAAAAUCCAGGAUGUGGGAUCAACAUGGCAACCCAGCCCACCACAUGAUGUUACAUCAUCAUCUCUGUGGUUUAGCCAAGGAAAAGUAGCUUUUACCAUUACAAACAUAAGGAGAUGGGCACUUUCGGCAUCUAACCAAGGUACUUCUACAAAGAAAAUUUCUUUUUUAAAUUCACAUUUAUAGCAUAUAAGUCGGUAAUUAAAACCCAACUUGAAGUGCUAUUAUAUUCUCAAGAUGUCUUGUGGUCUCAGGAGGUUAAUGAAUUUAUUUGCAGCUUCAUGCUCAUUAACCAGCUGCUGCAUGCGAUGCACUCUUGUGGCACUGCUGCUUAAAACUACUAUUUUGUUAAAACUGCUCAGUGUGGAUAUGGUUCCUAGACAAGUUUCAAGGUAGUGCCAUUGUCCCUCUCUCACUGCCCUCUUUCUUGUUCAAAUCCUCCUCCUGCAUGGAGUGGAACCAAGAUGUGCUCCCUGAAUGACUCCUGAAAAAAUAGCGCCUUUUUCUCUCCACAGUCACUCUGUCUCUCUACAUGGAGCACCACUAGUACACCUAAAAGGUUAAGAACUUCUCAACACACUUAAACAGCUCCUAGUUUGUGUCAUACUACAUGAUCAGUACUCAUUUUGAAACCAUAUUCCGUGCAGUCAAUCCUUAUUCAUGCGUAUAUUGGUGUAAACCAAGCUUUGGAACCUUUUCCUAAAAAGAUUAACACCACGGCUAACCGGCCUGAAAUGCCACUUGACCACACUAAGUCAGACGCACACGGGCAAUGGCAGGAGAGCACAAGGAUGAGGACAACUGCGACUAGAGGAAAGAAUGGCGCUACCUUGACACCUUUUAUCUAAGAACCUUAAGUGUGGUUCUGUUUGCCAGGUGAGCAUUACACUUGAGCAGAAUUUGUUUAACGGUAAUGAGACUUUGAACAUGACAGUCUGUUUGGCAGCUGUGAUAUUUUCUUUUUUUUGUUGUUGUUGUGUUUGUCAGAAAAUUGUAAACAAGCUCACAUCAAAGUGCCCUAGGCUUUACUUCAAUUGUUUGUUUUAUGGGAAUCAUGCCAUGCCCAGUGCUGUCAGCCCAAAUUGAAGGCUUGUUUGCAGUUCAGAUCAAUCCCUGUAUGCAAGCCACCCCAAGUCAAAACAUUUUUUUGAAGUGUGAACAUAUACUUACCCUAUUUUCCAAACACCAUUCAAUUGAGGUAGCUGGUCAUGUUAAAAAUGUGUUAUAGGUGUUUUGAGUAUCUGCUUUCAAGCUUUGCUCAACAUCUUUACUAAUGUUUUGAAAUAGUAGUCAGCAUGUUACAUUAAACUCCUUCAAACAUAAUUACUGACAUUCCAUUGUGGCCAGCGUACCUCUUUUUUUCCCUGAGACUGGGGCUUUUGACACCAUCUGUUAUCGCUGCUCAUUUAUUAGCGUGCUGCAGUGCUUCAGUUGUAUGUGUGCUACAGCAUCUGUAUUUGCAAGUUGACCUUUAGCUACAGCAGAUUGCUGCUCAUGAAAAUGUUAGUGCUUUUUUUUUUUUUUUUUGCUUUCAACACAGCUCACCCGUGUGUGGAGACGUUUUAGCAGGUGAUGUAUAUAGACACCCUAUAAGAUAGUUCCUUAUGCCACUUUUCGGUUUCCUGGCCUCUAUCGCCACUGCACUGUCCAUGAAGCAAUUUAGUGACCCAAUUUUAUCAUAUUUAUUUCAAAAGUUGUGAACUUUUAUUUGAUGAAAUAAAUAUUUUAAGUCGCUUA